GGUCCGUAUCCUGUGUAAGGCAACCAGUAUAUUCCAAUGGCUGAAGAAGAAACACAGAAAGACAUUUUGGAAUUCGAGGCAAGUAAAGCUCUAGAGGAUAUUACAAAUCAAUUGCAAAACCAGAGUAGCGAUGAGGACGACUUCGACUUCGAGAAAGACGUGACAAGCGAAGGGAAAGUGAUAGGAAAAGAACCACUAACACUGAAUAAAGAAAAGCGAGAAAAGAAGGCGAGCGAAAUGGCAUGUGAGGACGAGUUGCCAGGUAGCAGGAAGGAAGUCACAGCUCUAGCGACUGACGUUGACGUCUUGGAAAAGAGAGAUAAAGAAGACGCUGUGGUUCCAGCAAGCUCCUCUAGCAGCUUAGGCAUGGUGUUAACAAACAUGCCCGCUCACAAGAAAACAAGCCAAGUGCUCAUCAUCUAUGGACCACUUGGUGGCACUAAAAACAUACUGGCACGACGUCUUGUUGCUGAAUCUCCUGAUCUGUUUACAAGAGUCAUCUCACACACAACUCGACAGCCACUUGCUGGUGAGGUUGAUGGUCAAGAGUAUUACUUCAUAGACAAUGAUGAGUUUCAGUCUCUCGUGGACUCUAACGAAAUGAUUGAGCACACUACAAUUGUACGUGAAAAAUUGACAGCAGCUGGAAGAAGCAAGUACAAAAAGGCAUCCAUGGAGAGUUUAGAUGAUCAGAUAGUCGAAGAGCAUAAUCACUAUGGAAUAACUUUCCAAGCAUUGGAUGAUGCAAGAAGAGUGGGGAACUCAUGUGUUGUGAUGGUAUUGGAUAUGGAUGGUGCAAAGUAUUGGCAGGAAAAGCCUCAAGAUCCAGAACUGACUUUUACUUAUGUGUUUGUUAGGUCUAUUCGAACAGUUUGCUCUCCAGUUGAUCAAUUUCAUGCAAAGAUUGUCGUGGAAGACCCAGGCAAUGCAUUCCAGGACUUAAAAAUGAUUUGUCUGAAAGGUGUGAGACAUGAGGGACCCUUUCUCCGUUCACCACUACUAGCAGCAUUAGCUGAAUGGGAGCAUGUUGAUACAGUUCAGCCAGGACUGGCUGGUUCUUGCACUCCAAUACGACGAAGUUCGCUUGUGACAUUUGCAGAGGUUCUUGCAUAUUUUCAGUCAGCUGAUCUAAGCAAACAAAUGGUGAAUAUUAGACCAACUGAACAGCACGGAGGCUUGUCAGCAGUACGACAUGUCUUGUUUGGACCACCGAAGCUGCGUCACUCACUUCACAAAGAAAGAGAUCUUAUAUUUGCAAUUGCUUUGUUUGGAUUUGAUAACAGUCAAACAUUACAUAACCGUAUCUUGCAGACAAUAUACAGGAAACUGACAGGUACAAACUUUGAUUGCAGUCGGUUUGGCAGCCACUGGCAACUAGUGGGAUUUCAAGGUUCAGAUCCUAUCACUGAUCUUCGAGGGACAGGUUUUCUUGGUCUGGUUCAUCUUCUUUGUUUCCUGAUGGAAGCUAGGACUCAUUCUCUUGCCCUUGAGAUUUUCAAACUUUCUCAAGAUGAAGUACAACAUUUUCCAUUCUGUGCAAUGUCUAUUAAUAUUACACGUAUUGCUUUGCAAUCAUUGCGAGAAGGAGCUUUGUCAAAGGAAUGCAACAGUCGAGGAGAAGUAAUUGGUGUUGUUAAUGAGUUUUAUAUUUCAAUAUUUUUUCAUCUGUUUGUGACAUGGAAACAGCAACACAAGACGUUUUCUGAGGCUGGAUUUGUUCUAAAAGACAUAGAAGUUUAUGCAAGGAAGCAUUCAAGGAAACUGUUUCAUCAGCUGAGAAAUCGACUUUUGGCUAACGACAAUAAGCAGUCAUUUGCCCAACCAUCUGCUCUUGAAAGUCACUCGUCAGUAGACUUUACAUCUGUGUGUGAUCUUGACCCAACUGACAGCAUACUGGUUUAGAAUCAUUAUGAUUGAUGUAAAUGUUGCAUUUGAUCUGUAUCGAGACUUGCUUUUGAUAUGAGUGAUUGUAGAUACUAGAUAUGUUUAUUUUAUUUUACAUAUCUUAUAUCUGAAGAA